AUUUUUUGCCCUUCAUUCCAUUGCCAUCUUUUAAUAGCACAUAUAUAUGCUUAUGUAUUUGUAGAAGUUUUAUAGAAUUUUAUUAUGUAUAGAGAAAUCCAAUAUUUUUUUUUUUCACCAGAUUAUUGCCCACAUAAUGCAAAAACAAACCCUGGCAUUUUCAAUUCCAACCUCUUCAUCGUCCCAGAGCCUGACUUUGUUCAUUAGAAUGUGCAUAAAACUCAUUUUUAUUGGGAUAUUUUAUUCGUUGAUUGAAUCCCAAUAAAUGUUCUAGCCAAUUUGAAAUCUGAACUUUUGCAAUUAUUUGUGUGUUGUUUUGAUGGAAGAAUACACUUUUGAUUAUAACUGAGUGGGCUCUUAUUAAUCAUAUAUUAUUUUUUGGUGUUCUGUAAAUUAGAAUGGAUUUUGAUGUGGAUUCUGUAAUAUUUGUUUUGAUGGAUUCACAAUGAAUCUGAAGGGUGGGACUUUGAGAUUGAUUAUCGAAAUGUGAGAUAUAAUUUAUAAGGGUAUUGAAAAAUCAACAAAGAUUGCCUAUUUUUCGAUAUCAAUCUUGUCUGUUCGAAAAUUGAUUAUGGAUCAUCAUAUUGUUGGCGGGAAGUUUAAGCUGGGCAAGAAAAUAGGUGCUGGAUCUUUCGGGGAGCUCUAUUUAGGGGUAAAUAUACAAACUGGAGAAGAAAUUGCCGUGAAAAUGGAACCUGUUAAGACCAAACACCCUCAGCUCUAUUAUGAAUCGAAGCUGUACGUGCUUCUUCAGGGAGGAACUGGAAUUCCUCAUCUUAAAUGGUUUGGAGUUGAAGGCGAGUACAAUGCUAUGGUUAUUGAUCUUUUAGGACCAAGCUUAGAAGAUUUAUAUAACUAUUGCAAUCAAAAGUUUUCAUUGAAAACAGUUUUGAUGUUGGCCGAUCAAUUGAUAAGUAGAGUGGAAUAUGUGCACUCUAGAGGUUUUCUUCAUCGUGAUAUAAAGCCUGAUAACUUCAUAAUGGGUUUGGGACGCAAAGCAAAUCAGGUGUAUAUUAUCGACUUUGGACUUGCAAAGAAGUAUAAAGAUCUUCAUACCCAUAAGCACAUACCAUACAGAGAAAAUAAAAAUCUCACCGGUACAGCUCGUUAUGCAAGUGUAAACACCCAUCUUGGAGUUGAACAAAGCAGAAGGGACGAUUUAGAAUCUCUUGGCUAUGUCUUGAUGUACUUCCUUCGGGGAAGCCUUCCCUGGCAAGGGCUGAAAGCUGGCACAAAGAAGCAGAAAUAUGAAAAAAUAAGUGAGAAGAAGAUGCUUACACCCAUAGAAGCUCUGUGUAAAUCUUAUCCAUCAGAGUUCAUAUCGUAUUUUCAUUAUUGUCGAUCAUUGCGGUUUGAGGAUAAGCCUGAUUACUCGUAUUUGAAGAGAUUAUUCCGUGACCUUUUCAUUCGAGAAGGUUACCAGUUUGAUUAUGUGUUUGACUGGACUAUACUAAAGUAUCCGCAAAUCGGUUCAAGUUCUAGAACAAGACAGCAGGCAGCAGGGAAAAUACCUUUGAACUUAGGACCAUUUGCAGAAAGGAAAGAAAAGACUCCAGGUCUGCUUGUGAUUUAUGGAAUGCCUAUUGUAUUUUCAUGCUUCAGUUGGAUGAAACGAGAUUUUCGAGAUAGAGUCCCAGGUGCAGUAGAGGCAUUUGCCAGACGAAAAGGUUCUGGUGCAGGUGUGCAUGGAGAACAUCGCUCGAGACACAAAAUUUCUGAGGAUGUCCCAUCAUCAAAAGAUGUGCAACUUUCAGACUCUGAUAGGGGUCGACUGUCUAGGCCUGAUAGUAGCUCAAAAAGGGCCGCCCUAUCAACCAGCCGGCCCAGCUCCGCGGGUGAGCCCGGUGAAAAUCGUCAUACAAGGCUGAGCUCAGGCAUCCGCCGCCCAUUAUCCAACCGGAGAUUGCCACCUGGAGUCGAGCCCAAGUCAUCCUCCUUAACUCGCGCAUCUGCUGCUAGAGGUGUCCGGGAUGAAAAUCUCAAGAGCUUUGAGCUAUUGACUAUUGGCACUGGAAGAAGGAAAUAAAUGGGUCAUAAGGUAGUUGUAUGUAGUUUUGUCCAGAGAUAGAAAAUGGUACAAUAAUUAACUUUAUUUAUUAUGAAAAGUUUCCUUAUAUUUGGGAUAUUAUAUGACNGCUA